UUUUUAUUAUAGAAACCACUUUUAAACUUCCGGAAUAUUCUGAAAAAUUAAAUUCAAGUAUUUGUUGAGUCCAAAAGAUGAUAUUUUACGAUUUCAUCAAGAACAAUGGUGUCCUAAAUGAAGUGAAAAUUCGAGCAAUGGAUCUAAGAAUUGUGUAUUUUGCAAUUGCCAUUUAUGUUUUAUUGGUGAAAUUAGUGAUACCAUGGGUUAUGAAAAACCGAAAACCAUUUGCUUUAAAAAAAACUCUAAUUGUUUACAAUUUGCUAUCCUCUUUCCUGAAUGGUCUUCUUGCAUAUCAUAUGUUUUGUCACUUAUAUGAAAAUUGGAAUGUUAGAUGUAGCGUGAGGAAUGCUUCAAAGGAGGUUAAAAAUAACUAUGCAACUAAAGGAUUCAAUUUGAUUUCGUAUAACGCCUUACUGAAGUUUAUAGAAUGGUUUGAUACUAUAUUUUUCGCCCUUAGAAAGAAAAAUUCACAAAUUACUCAUCUUCAUGUGAUUCACCACACCGGCAUAUCUUUAUUUCCCUUUUAUUUCUCCAAGCUUGAACUGCCUAGUUUUAGUUAUAUUCUUGGCUCUAACAUUAACUGUGUGAUUCAUGUGUUCAUGUAUCUAUAUUAUGGAUUGGCAGCCAUUGGUCCUCAUGUUCAAAUAUAUUUAGGGUGGAAAAAGUAUUUGACAAUGAUACAAAUCGCACAAUUUGUAGUCCUUAUGUCAUACAUUUUAUUUUCAUUUGCAACUGGAUGUGAACCUCUUGAAAGUGUUGAAAUGGGAUUGUUUGUAUUUGUGUUAAUAAUUUUGCUUUUUUUCCUUAAUUUUUACGUCAAAUCUUAUGGAACAAAAACUGAAUAAUUAAAAUAGUUUUUAAAUAAUUAUCAAAUAA